AUGUGGUAUGGACGCGAGACUAUACCGUCAGUGCCAUUGUUAACAUCAAUGUCAGAACCGAAUAUGAGACAAAUUCAGCAAUGUGACACAAAUCGGACACAGGAAACUGACAAACUGGACCGACUAUUAGAGUUAUUUGCAGACAUGAAACGAGACGUUUGUCAGAAAAUUGAAGCAAAACUGGACGCACUUGGUCAGGACUUUAAACAAAGGCUAGAUAAAAGCGACGAAAAAUUUGACGUAUUAAACCGUACUAUGACCGAAAAUUUUGAACGAACGACAAAACAGAUGACAGAAUUAAAUAACACCACUCAAAAGCUCAGCCAGAGAUUUGAAACUUUGUCCAACCGAGUCACUAAACAGGAAGAAACUUUGGUUACAUUCACACACGAAACAAAAAACAAUAUCACCCGAUGUGAGAAUCAGUUAACUCAAAUAGUUAAUGUGCAGCAGGAAGUGAACACUCGUGUGGAAGAGUUAGCUCAGGCCCACACUUCAGCUAGCUCCACCCAAGAAAAGCUGACUGAAGAAGUGGGAAAUAUUACCCAACAACUUACAAUGGUAGUUCUUGAACAAACCCACCUCAAAGAAAAGAUAGAAAAACUAGAAGAUCGAGCGGACCUCGCGUCACUAAACAACGACACCAACAUGGCCGAAAGAAUUGUACAUGAAUUUUACAGAGGCGAUUCACGCCAUUCAAAUUUUAUUCAUAUUAGUAACCAAAAUCAGUACCCACCCCAAAGGAACCGUAGUGACGGUGGUUGGUGGAACCAUCCGUCCGCGCCGCGACACAAUACGGUGCCUGCGCGCGAAACAUACUCAAAUGGAAACGUGUAUGAUGGUAGGAACAACCGCAGAAAUUCGUGGAAUAAUAACAAUAAUUAUCACCCAUAUCAAAAUGGUAACUACAAGCAAAAUGAAAAUUACAGACAGUAUAACAACAACAACAAUAGGAGACGUGAGAAUAACCAGUACAAUCCGGGCUACUUUGACAGGAACAUGCCAUAUAACAGACAUAAUUACCGUCAAAACAAUAACAAUCCCAACAAUCACCGACAGAAUAUGUGGAACACACAAAAUUCACGCAGGACAAAUCAUAACCCUCCACGGAAUCCGCCGCCGUUCCCCAGUACAGUUAUGCACUCCCCGCCACGAAGUAGCAAUAACAAUUGCGGCGCGCAAUCAGCUGACGCGUGGGCGCAAACCGGCCGAAAUGUAAACAUAGUGGAGCUGGUCAAUGAACCCGACCAAACACAGCAGACGACGGAAACAGUCGACGACCGAGCUAAGCGCUCGUGCUUCGGUCGUGAGGUGUUGUAA